AUGAAGGUAUAUCGCCUGUGCGAGAGUGAUGGUGCUGGUGCUGGCUACACCAGUGCCUUCAAUGUCUACAUGGGCCAGGACCGCGGCGACGUACCUGCCAGCAAGGCUGUGACCGACCUCAUGAACCGCGCCUGCUUCUUCGAGAAGGGUUACGAGCUGUACUUGGACAACUGGUACAGCUCCCCGGAACUUUUCCAUUACCUGUCAUCAAGGAAGACGAACGCCGUGGGAACAGUUCGGCUGAACCGCAAGUUCAUGCCGAAGGACCUCAAGGUGAGCGCCCGCGGCGACGUCGACUUCCGGACUUCGGCGACGGGGAUGUUGGCUAUGUCUUGGAUGGAUCGGAAGCCGGUGCAUAUGCUUUCUACCAUCCACGGCCCAGACAUGGUUGACCUGCCCCCAAACCGCCGUGGUAUAGUCCGGACGAAGCCCCAAGCCGUCGUUGACUACAACGUGGGGAAGAAGGGGGUAGACCUUGCCGAUCAGUUGGCCGCGUCGUACUCCACAACCAGACGAACUAACAAGUGGUACCAGAAUGGCGUUGGUGGCACCCUGACCCAGCUUGAGUUCCGCCUGGAGAUCAUAGCUAACUUCCUCGAUCAACCUCCGGCCUACGGGAGAAGGGGUGGCCUUCGGACGCCUCCUGCUGCCACCCCAUCGCCUCCUCGCCGCCGGAACGCCCCACGUCAGCAGCAGCGCCAGCAGGUACCACAGGGCCACGUCCUGGCUUUCAAUCCAGGGCGAAAGUACCGCCGGUGUCGUCACUGCCGAGUAAGCCGCAACAUUGCUUCAAUCUGUGGCACAGCCCCCUGUAGCGAGGAUGCGGCAUCACCCACCUCUCCGAUAGCAGCAGGCUAUCGUUUUCGAAACAGCGCAGAAGAUCCACGACGCCACAUCCAGUGGCAAAAGGAAGAUCCAUGA